UGGCUUUAGCAAGCUGCGCUCGCGCUUUGAGUUGCGGCGAGGCAGAAGUCGCUGGCCCUUGCUUGAAUGAUCUAGCGCAUCUUCGCGGGAGCACUGCAGUCGUGUCAUGGCGGCGGUCGCGAUACCAGUAUCAGUCGUGGCUGUAUUGGCUUGGCGCGGAGAGGCGGUAGAUUGCGCCGUGGAUGGUACCGAUUACUCCUACACGGAAUCAGUCUUUGGUUCCACGCGCACGGUGGUGACCAAUCAUUGCCCAAAUCACCCCAUCUACGACUUGAAUCCGCACACGGCAGUGAAUGCAGACAGAACCUACAGGAUCCCAGCGAGUCCUACAUUUGUGGGUUCAGUCACCGAUUCUUCCGUUUCCUCAGCGCACAUCGAUCUCUCCGCAAAGGGUGGCGAAGUCGGCGUCUUCUACAACGCUGCCAUGCUUUACUCCCCCUACGGUGGCCCUCGCCACGGUACCGUCACAGGCUGGCAGACCUCGGCUACAUAUGCGGAGGGCAACACAUUUGACCCGUGCGGAGGACAUGGAUCGAGCGCCAGCAGUCCAUCGUACCACGUCCAUGUGCCACCCAGCUGUCUGUUGAAUCAGUUGGGUCAGACGGAUUCGUCCCACUCUCCCCAUCUCGGUUGGGCGUUCGACGGUUUCCCGAUCUAUGGUCCCCGCGGUCCUAAUGGUACGAUGAUGCAGACGUGCACCGUGACGGGGGGGACAUACGGGACAGACGUGUGCACCGACGAUUGCGGCGGAUACUACAGUGCCGACGGUACCAUCGACGACUUCGUGUACAGGUACUAUACACUUGGCCAAUACAACGACGGCACUAGCUGUGACGCACCGGGCUGCUCGUCGCCCACUUCUGAGUACUUCCCUAACACACCGAUGUGUUUCCGGGGCUGCUGCCCCAGUGGAGUGUCUUGCCACCGUAGCAUCGCGAGUUGCCCAUCCUCGGGCACCCUGGACGGGGUCACCAGCGAUUAUGUGGCCUCCGUGCCGACAGUCAACGGCCUCUCUGUGGCAGGUGGGCUCCCGCUGAACACCGCGGCCUGCGACUACGAUGACAUCGCGUGCGGCUCGUGCUCGGAAUGCGGAUGGGGACGAAAUAAGUGCGGCGUCAACGGCGCAAGCACGGGCACGUGCGUGGGCGUGGACGACGCCUCUGGAGCGCCGCCGUGGUCGAUCCGCGGCCUUGGGGCCCUGGCGCUGACCACUCUCGCAGCGUCGUCGUGAUCAGCAGGGCGGCGCCGGCGAACACGUCGCCGCCGAGCGAGGCCUCCAGGGUGCCUGGCCUGCUCCGGCCGCGGCCGUGGGGCCCUGGCGCUGAUUCCUGGGCCGCGGCGUCCCUAUGGGUGAGGGUCAGCUCGAGGCGGGUCUGGGAGAGGGAGCUGCCUGCGAAGGUGGACGUCGCCCUUGUCUGACGAGGCGGCGCCCAACUUUGCCCCUCGUGAGUGUACGGGCCCCGGCGGGCGCGGCACGGUGCCCGGCCAGGCGUGGAGGGAGCAGAGAGGAUUUAGCGGUGGGAGGAGGAUUGCAACGCGCGGUGGAGCUGGCAUGCGAGAACGCCACAGUUCCUUAGUUCCUCAGUUCACCAAGCGCAUUCCACCACUCGCAAAGUGCCUACUCGCUAACGCCAUUUGCGAGUAGUUCUGUUGCGAGUAGUGGAACGCGCUCGUCUAUUAGUGUGCGGUCGCCAUGCAGCUGUGACUACGACUGCGGCACCCUGUUGAGUCCGAGAUGUGAGGCCGAAGAGCCCACAGUUAUACAGCUUCCGCUGUCACACUUCACUCAUGCGCCCCACUGGUUGCUCCUAAUGUGGUUUCCUCGCUCUCGGCCCUCCUUUCCCCCUCCUCCAUUCCUGCCCCCGCGGCCUCUCGCGUUUAAUUUUGACGAGGGCCGGCAGAAGUCUCCACGGGCAUGCUCCCGCAGAAAGGCACUCGGGAUUACACGCACGCCCGAGCUGCUCAAGCAUGUCGUUUUCCCCGCCGCUGCGUUCGCAGAAAGGCACCCGGGGUUGCACGCACACCCGGGCUGCUGACGCAGUUUUUCUGUUUACUCGACGCUUCCGCGCGCCAUCCGCUGCAGGGCGGGGUGCGGCCGGGGACUUUUCCAGCGCCUUCUGCAUGCGACUUCCGCACGCAGUACCGCAUCGUUUCCUCUUGCUCCUCCCGCGGCGGUGCGCGCCGGCGCAGCCGACGGGCCGGCCCGGCGAUGCGUCGGCGACUACGAGGCGUAGCUCGCGACGCACACAUUCGAGAUCCGAUGUCAAAAAGGUUGCUCCUGAUGUGGUAUCCUCGCUCUCGGCCCUCCUUUCCCCCUCCUCCAUUCCUGCCCCCGCGGCCUCUCGUGUUCUUCAUUUUGACUAAGGCCGGCAGGAGUCUGCCCGGGCAUCCCCCCCGCAGAAAGGCAC